GCGGUCUAUGAGAGGGAGGAAGGGCGGGGCUGCUCCUGGAUGCUUAGUUACCGUGGUAGUCACUACCCAUAAUCCUAUGCGUUAUGCUGAUCCCACGGAAAUUCCGCCCCGCCCACUUCCGGUACACAUUCUUCCGUCCAGACCAGGGUGUGAGCUGCUGCCUUAUCCUCCAGGGUUACACAGUAGUGAAGAAGACAUCCGGUGAGUGUGAGACAUCGAGCAGCCAUCCCCGUGUGUCAGGAGGACUGCGCAGGACCCAGAGCCCCAUCACUGUGCCUCCACCUCACUCACUGACACAUGAGACACAUUGACCAGAAGAUCCUGGAACUCCCUACAAGAUCAUUCAGCUGCUGACUGGAGAGGAGGGGGAGUAUAUAGAGGAACACAGGGGUCUGUACAAAGAUGUGAUGAUGGAGAAUCACCGGCCCCUCACAUCACUGGAUGGGCCCAGUAACAGAGAUACCCCAGAGAGAUGUCCCCGUCCUCUGUAUUCCCAGGAUUGUACAGAGGAGAAUCACAGGAUCCCACAGGAGGAUCAGGUAGAACGUCUGUCUGUUAUUAAAACAGAAGAUAUAGACGGAGAAGAAGAGACGUAUGUGACCGAUAUAAAGACAGAAGAUAUACAGGGAGAAGAAGAGACGUAUGUGACCGAUAUAAAGACAGAAGAUACAGAGGGAGAAGAAGAGACGUAUGUGACUGAUAUAAAGGCAGAAGAUAUAGAGGGAGAAGAAGAGACGUAUGUGACUGAUAUAAAGGCAGAAGAUAUAGAGGGAGAAGAAGAGACGUAUGUGACUGAUAUAAAGGCAGAAGAUAAAGAGGGAGAAGAAGAGACGUAUGUGACUGAUAUAAAGGCAGAAGAUAUAGAGGGAGAAGAAGAGACGUAUGUGACUGAUAUAAAGGCAGAAGAUAUAGAGGGAGAAGAAGAGACGUAUGUGACUGAUAUGAAGGCAGAAGAUGUAGAGGGAGAAGAAGAGACGUAUGUGACUGAUAUAAAGGCAGAAGAUAUAGAGGGAGAAGAAGAGGCGUAUGUGAGGGGUGAUCAGCAGUGUAAGGAGGAGGAGAUCCCUACAGCUAUCAGCACAGCAGGUGGACACACAAGCAGGAAUAUCUCAGAAGGACAUCUAAUGUUAUCCCCGGAUUGUGAAAUAAAAGAUUAUGACAGUAGACAGGAUUCUCCAGGAGAUAACCCCAUUACCUCAAUUAUACAUCCAGCUCUAUCAGCUGGUCCCUCUGAUCCUGGGAAAUGUUCUCCUGAUCACUCUGAUAUUGGUGCAUCUGUUACAGCUCUGACAGUAAAUACAGAGUUUCCCUGUUCUAUAGAUACCACAUGUUUUACACAGAACACAAAGCUUAUUACCCAUCAGGCAGCUAAGGCAGGUGAGAGGCCACUGAUAUGUUCUGACUGUGGGAAAUGUUUUACCUGCAAAUCACAACUUGUUUCACAUCAGUGCAGACACAAAGGUCAGAAGCCAUUUCCAUGUUCUGAGUGUGGGAAAUGUUUUACAGAGAAAUCACAUCUUGUUACACAUCAGAGACGUCACACAGGUGAGAACCUAUUACCAUGUUCUGAGUGUGGGAAAUGUUUUACACUGAAAUCACAUCUUGUUACACAUCAGCGAAAUCACACUGGUGAAAAGCCAUUUCCAUGUUCUGAGUGCGGGAAAUGUUUCACCCGGAAAUCCCAACUUGUUAAACAUCAGCGAAGUCACACAGGUGAGACUCCAUUUCCAUGUUCUGAGUGUGGGAAAUGUUUUACAUACAAAUCACUUCUUGUAAUACAUAAGAGAAUACAUACAGGUGAGAAACCAUAUUCCUGUUCUGAGUGUGGGAAAUGUUUUACAUACAAAUCAACUCUUGAUGCACAUAAGAGAAGUCACACAGGUACAUCACCAUUUCCAUGUUCUGAGUGUGGGAAAUAUUUUGCACAGAAAUCACAACUUGCUAGACAUCAAAGAAUUCACACAGGUGAGAGGCCAUUUCCAUGUUCUGACUGUGGAAAAUGUUUUGUACAGAAAUCAGUUCUUGUUGCACAUCAGAGAAGUCACACAGGUGAGAAACCAUUUCCAUGUCUUGAGUGUGGGAAAUGUUUUGCACACAAAUCAGAUCUUGUUAGUCAUAACAGAAGUCACACAGCUGAGAAGCCAUUUCCAUGUCAUAAGUGUGGGAAAUGUUUUACACACAAAUCAGAUCUGGUUAGUCAUAACAAAAGUCACACAGGUGAGAAGGCAUUUUCUUGCUCUGAGUGUGGGAAAUGUUUUGCCCGGAAAUCAGACCUUGUUAGACAUCAGCGAAGUCACACAGGUGAGAAGCCAUUUUCUUGCUCUGAGUGUGGGAAAUGUUUUGCCCAGAAAUCAGAACUUGUUAGACAUCAGCGAAGUCACACAGGUGAGAGGCCAUUUCCAUGUCCUGAGUGUGGGAAAUGUUUUGCACACAAAUCAGGUCUUGUUAGUCAUAACAGAAGUCACACGGGUGAGAAUCCAAUUUCUUGCACUGAGUGUGGGAAAUGUUUUACACGGAAAUCACAACUUGUUAAACAUCAGAGAAGUCACACAGGUGAGAAGCCAUUUCCAUGUUCUGAGUGUGAGAAAUGUUUUGCACACAAAUCAGAUCUUGUUAUACAUCACAGAAGUCACACAGGUGAGAAGCCAUUUUUUUGCUCUGAGUGUGGGAAAUGUUUUACACAGAAAUCACAUCUUGUUAGACAUCAGCAAAGUCACACAGGUGAGAAUCCAUUUCCAUGCUCUGAGUGUGGGAAAGGUUUUGCACACAAAUCAGCUCUUGUUAUACAUCACAGAAAUCACACAGGUGAGAAGCCAUUUCAAUGUUCUGAGUGUGGGAAAUGUUUUACACAGAAAUCACAACUUGUUACACACCAGAGAAGACACACAGGUGAGAAGCCAUUUUAUAUGGAGUUGGCUUCAACAUCGGAGAAGCUAAGACGUUCACUAGCAUCACGCUGGAUCAGGUCCAAAGUUGCCUCGCUGGAGAUGGGACACACAAGCAGGAAUAUCUCAGAAGGACAUCUAAUGUUAUCCCCGGAUUGUGAAAUAAAAGAUUAUGACAGUAGACAGGAUUCUCCAGGAGAUAACCCCAUUACCUCAAUUAUACAUCCAGCUCUAUCAGCUGGUCCCUCUGAUCCUGGGAAAUGUUCUCCUGAUCACUCUGAUAUUGGUGCAUCUGUUACAGCUCUGACAGUAAAUACAGAGUUUCCCUGUUCUAUAGAUACCACAUGUUUUACACAGAACACAAAGCUUAUUACCCAUCAGGCAGCUAAGGCAGGUGAGAGGCCACUGAUAUGUUCUGACUGUGGGAAAUGUUUUACCUGCAAAUCACAACUUGUUUCACAUCAGUGCAGACACAAAGGUCAGAAGCCAUUUCCAUGUUCUGAGUGUGGGAAAUGUUUUACAGAGAAAUCACAUCUUGUUACACAUCAGAGACGUCACACAGGUGAGAACCUAUUACCAUGUUCUGAGUGUGGGAAAUGUUUUACACUGAAAUCACAUCUUGUUACACAUCAGCGAAAUCACACUGGUGAAAAGCCAUUUCCAUGUUCUGAGUGCGGGAAAUGUUUCACCCGGAAAUCCCAACUUGUUAAACAUCAGCGAAGUCACACAGGUGAGACUCCAUUUCCAUGUUCUGAGUGUGGGAAAUGUUUUACAUACAAAUCACUUCUUGUAAUACAUAAGAGAAUACAUACAGGUGAGAAACCAUAUUCCUGUUCUGAGUGUGGGAAAUGUUUUACAUACAAAUCAACUCUUAAUGCACAUAAGAGAAGUCACACAGGUACAUCACCAUUUCCAUGUUCUGAGUGUGGGAAAUAUUUUGCACAGAAAUCACAACUUGCUAGACAUCAAAGAAUUCACACAGGUGAGAGGCCAUUUCCAUGUUCUGACUGUGGAAAAUGUUUUGUACAGAAAUCAGUUCUUGUUGCACAUCAGAGAAGUCACACAGGUGAGAAACCAUUUCCAUGUCUUGAGUGUGGGAAAUGUUUUGCACACAAAUCAGAUCUUGUUAGUCAUAACAGAAGUCACACAGCUGAGAAGCCAUUUCCAUGUCAUAAGUGUGGGAAAUGUUUUACACACAAAUCAGAUCUGGUUAGUCAUAACAAAAGUCACACAGGUGAGAAGGCAUUUUCUUGCUCUGAGUGUGGGAAAUGUUUUGCCCGGAAAUCAGAACUUGUUAGACAUCAGCGAAGUCACACAGGUGAGAAGCCAUUUUCUUGCUCUGAGUGUGGGAAAUGUUUUGCCCAGAAAUCAGAACUUGUUAGACAUCAGCGAAGUCACACAGGUGAGAAGCCAUUUCCAUGUUCUGAGUGUGGGAAAUGUUUUGCACACAAAUCAGAUCUUGUUAGACAUCAGCAAAGUCACACAGGUGAGAAGCCAUUUUUUUGCUCUGAGUGUGGGAAAUGUUUUACACAGAAAUCACAUCUUGUUAUACAUCACAGAAGUCACACAGGUGAGAAGCCAUUUCCAUGUUCUGAGUGUGGGAAAUGUUUUGCAGACAACUCAGCUCUCGUUAUACAUCACAGAAAUCACACAGGUGAGAAGCCAUUUUUUUGCUCUGAGUGUGGGAAAUGUUUUACACAGAAAUCACAACUUGUUACACACCAGAGAAGACACACAGGUGAGAGGCCAUUUCCAUGUUCUGAGUGUGGGAAAUGUUUUACACGGAAAUCAGCUCUUGUUAGACAUGAGAGAAGUCACACAGGUGAGAAGCCAUUUCCAUGUUCUGAGUGUGGGAAAUGUUUUUCACGGAAAUCAGGUCUUGUUGCACAUCAGAGAAGUCACACAGGUGAGAAGCCAUAUUCCUGUCCUGAGUGUGGGAAAUGUUUUUCAUUGAAAUCACAUCUUGUUAGUCAUCAGAGAAGUCACACAGGUGAGAAGCCAUAUUCCUGUUCUGAGUGUAGGAAAUGUUUUUCACGGAAAUCAGCUCUUUUUAUACAUCAGAGAAGUCACACAGGUGAGAAGCCGUAUUCCUGUUCUGAGUGUGGGAAAUGUUUUGCACGGAAAUCAGCUCUUGCUACACAUCAAAGAAGUCACACAGGUGAGAGGCCAUUUUCCUGUUCUGAGUGUGGGAAAUGUUUCGCACAGAAAUCAGCUCUUGUUACACAUCAAAGAAGUCACACAGGUGAGAAGCCAUUUUCCUGUUCUGAGUGUAAGAAAUGUUUUCCAUGGAAAUCAGAUCUUGUUCUACAUCAGAGAAGUCACACAGGUGAGAAGCCGUAUUCCUGUUCUGAGUGUGGGAAAUGUUUUGCACAGAAAUCACAUUUUGUUAUUCAUCUGCAUGCUUACACAGGUGAGAAGCCAUUUCCAUGUUCUAAGUGUGGGAAAUGUUUCGCACAGAAAUCAGCUCUUGUUCUACAUCAAAGAAGUCACACAGGUGAGAAGCCAUAUUCCUGUUCUGAGUGUAGGAAAUGUUUUACACGGAAAUCAGCUCUUGUUAUACAUCAGAGAAGUCACACAGGUGAGAAGCCUUAUUCCUGUUCUGAGUGUGGGAAAUGUUUUGCACAGAAAUCAGAUUUUGUUACUCAUCUGCAUGCUCACACAGGUGAGAUGCCAUUUUCCUGUUCUGAGUGUGGGAAAUGUUUCACAAAGAAAUCAGCUCUUGUUACACAUCAAAGAAGUCACACAGGUGAGAAGCCAUUUUCCUGUUCUGAGUGUAAGAAAUGUUUUGCACGGAAAUCAGAUCUUGUUCCACAUCAGAGAAGUCACACAGGUGAGAAGCCAUUUCCAUGUUCUGAGUGUGGGAAAUGUUUCACACAGAAAUCAGCUCUUAUUCCACAUCAAAGAAGUCACACAGGUGAGAGGCCAUAUUCCUGUUCUGAGUGUGGGAAAUGUUUUGCACAGAAAUCAAAUCUUGUUCUACAUCAGCGAAGUCACACAGGUGAGAAGUCAUAUUCCUGUUCUGAGUGUGGGAAAUUUUUCACACAGAAAUCAACUCUUGUUACACAUCAGAGGAGUCACACAGGUGAGAAGCCAUUUUCAUGCUGUGAGAGAAAUAAAUCUGCUCUUGUUGAACAUAUUAGAUAUUACCCAAGUAUGGAACCAUUUAAAUCUUCUGGAUGCACCCCAGAAGAUGUAAAGAAACCUUGUAAGUUUUCCAUCAUUCUGUUUCGUGUAAGCAUACAGAAAAAAGUGAGAUGUAUUUGA